AUGUUGCCGCCAAAACUGCAAUCCUCUCUCAAACACCGCACUCUAUCAACUGUAACGUUCCCUCCUCAUAUCCUAACACUCCUCGCCGACAAUUCCAUCACCAUAGAACACCUCAAACAGGUCCACGCCCAAAUGAUCGUUUCAUCUCGCAUCAACGAUCAUUUUGCUGCAAGCCGUUUAUUUUCCUCUUUCGCACUUUCCCCUUUCGGAAAUCUCACUCACGCUUCCAGAAUCUUCUCUUCUAUACACAAGCCCAAUUCCUUCAUGUGGAACACUCUCAUCCGCGCCCAACAACAACCCCACAAUUCUAUCUCCCUUUACAUCUCUAUGCGUAGACUUGGUGUCCUGCCAGGCAAGCACACUUUUCCUUUUCUCCUCAAAGCUUGUUCUUCUCUCUCCAAUCCCUUGCUACCUUGUAAGCAGGUCCACACACACGUCCUUAAAUUCGGACUGGACUUAGAUUCUCACGUGGCUAACGGUUUGGUGCGAGGUUAUUCUGUUUCGGGUGUUUUGAUUGAUGCCCGUCACAUGUUUGAUGAAAUUCUGAUGAAAAGUUUGAGUCUUUGGACCACCAUGAUUUGCGGGUAUGCUCAGAAUUUUUGUCACAACGAGGCUUUGGAUCUUUUUGAGGGGAUGCUUGCUGUUGGGUUUGAGCCUAAUGGUGCUACCUUGGCUUCAGUAUUGUCGGCUUGUGCGCGGUCUGGAUGUCUCGAGCUUGGGGAAAGGAUUCAUGAGUUUAUGAGAGUGAGAGGGGUUGAAGUGGGCGUUAUUCUUGGGACGGCAUUGGUUUAUAUGUAUGCGAAGAAUGGGUCAAUUUUGAGGGCAAGGAAGUUGUUUGAUGAAAUGCUUGAGAGGAAUGUUGUUACUUGGAAUGCUAUGCUAUGUGGUUUGGCUUCUCAUGGACAUGUUGAGGAUGCUCUUAGUUUAUUUGAGAGUAUGAAAAAAGAUGGGAUUGUUGUUCCUAAUGACGUUACAUUCAUUGGGGUUUUAUCUGCGUGUUGUCAUGCAGGUUUGAUUGGUGUUGGUCGUGAAAUUUUUUAUUCGAUGAAGGAUGUGCACGGAAUUGAACCGAAGAUUGAGCACUAUGGAUGCAUGGUUGAUCUUCUUGGGAGAGGAGGGAAGUUGCUGGAGGCAGAGGAAAUGAUAAAGAGGAUGCCGUGGAAACCUGACGUGGUUAUUUUGGGAUCUUUGCUGGCAGCUAGCAAGAAUAAUGGAAACACUGAGGUUGCUGAAAGAGUAGUGAAAGAAAUUCUUACUCUAGAACCUCAUAAUCAUGGAGCUCAUGUUGCUUUGUCGAAUAUGUACGCAGAGGCUGGACAAUGGCAAGAAGUUUUGAGAUUGAGGAAAAUGAUGAAAGAAGAGAAACUCAAGAAAGCUCCAGGGUGGAGUCUUCUUGCCACUUAA